AUGGCAGAUAGAAUCAGUGAGUUGCAUGAUUCAAUUCUGUGUCACAUUCUUUCUUUUCUUCCAACCAAACAUGCUGCAACCACAAGCAUCCUCUCUAAGAGAUGGAAAUCAUUAUGGCUUUCAGUCCUCACUCUCGAAUUCGACUGCAAAUCCUUCAAAGACAUGGCCUCAUUUGGAUAUUAUAUACACAAAUUGAUGCCCUUACGAAAAAUUGAACUUCCAAUCCUUUCGUUUCGUUUCAAUUGCAACUACUGGUGUCCAAUUCAAACCCAAUGUGAUGUUACUCUAUUCGUUUCCUAUGUAAUGAAUAGAGGAAUUGAGAAACUUAACAUUAGCGGCGACAUGAAAUUACCACCUAGUAUUCUUAGUUGCAAGACCCUUAAGGUUCUUAAGUUGAAAGGAAUAAUAGUGAAUGGUUUUUCUCAUCAAGUGGAUUUUCCUGUUCUUAAAAUUCUUCAUUUAAAGAGAAUGAUUUUCGAACGGCAUGAAUUGCUUCUUAAACUUCUCUCUGCAAAAGAGUUUGAUGGCUUGUUACCUAGUUUGGUCCGUGCAAAGAUUUAUUGUCAUGAUUAUAUUAUUCCUCUUCAUUUGAUUCGCAAUGUGGAGAGUCUACAUAUGGAACAGUUGCGGACGUGGUUGCACGAGUUGCAAUUGCAGUUGUGUCGGGGACUGCAGUUGGUUAUAUAG